CUUCCUUCCUUUCUCUUUCUGUUUUUCUCUUUCUUUCUCACUCUCUGUCUUUUUCCCCGCGUAGCUCACUUCAGCACACAGUCAUCUCCUCGGUCCAUAACCCUCUUUCUUAUUCAUUCUCUGCAUCUCAUAUUCUUUCUUUCUCUCUCUCUCUCUCUCUCUGUCUUAGUUUAGCUCGUGCUCUCUUUCUCUUGUGCUAUCUCUUUCUCUGGCUCUUUCUCUCUCCCUCUCUUUCUCACCCUCUCUCCCUCCCUCACUUCUCUCUUUGCUUGCACUCUUUGACAUUCUCUCUCUCUCUCUCUCUCUCUCUCUCUCUCUCCCUCCCCUUGCUCUAACACACUCUCUCUCCUUUAACACUCUCUUGUUCUUUCCCCCCCCCCCUCUCGCUCCAGUCGAGCGUUCAGCUCCCGUCUCUAUUUAUAUCGUAGUCCCUCCCCUCCCCUGUCGCUCGGCAGCUAUUUCCAGCUCUGUGAAGCAGCCCAGUCUGUUUGUAAACGCCGCCGCUCCGCUCUCUCACUCUCUCUCACAUCUCUCUCUCUCUCAUCUCUCUCACUCACUCACUCGCUCACCACACACAGCAAGUGGAAGGUGUGGGCAACAAGCUGAAUGACCAGAGGACAGGAAAACCGAGGCUGGUUUGACUUGAGGCUGAACAACUCAACUGGUGUUUGAUAGACUGGAUCAGGACUCUCUCUCGCGCUCUCUCGCUCUCUCGCUCUCUCGGCACGCAGCCAAUCUCUGGAGUUAGGACAGUCUGAAUCAGAGACCUGCUCCGGACACUCGACGAGACGGCGUGUUAAUUCUCGGUGUGAAUUCUAAGCGAUGUGAAGGUGCCACACUGAGCAGGCUUUAUUCGGACCAGCCGAGGGAUCAUGGGACUAGCGGACAAACCGAACGACUCGUUACUUUCUCCGUGCGAAUUUACGGGCUAAAGGACAAACACUGGCAUCCGGGAAUCCUUUGCUUUCCCUCUCAAAAGCGCCGGCUCUUAAUAUCUCCACACUCAAAUGCUGAUUCGGGUCUCGGACUUUUCUGCGAGUCGUCCUUCGGCGUAUCCGUCGGUUUGUGGGCGGUGCCGCUGCCCGGCAUGCUUUUGAAGCCGACCGUGCCGGGGCUGUGCGCCAUGUUGCAGACUAUCUACGAGACUGAAUCGUGUUUCUCUUCGGACAGCACGGCCGGCACCAACAUGCCCAGCACGGUGGUGGAGGUGAAGAGCUCGCUGCCCUCGGGUAUGCAGAGUCCCGUGGCCGGAGGUGUCAGUGAACAGAGCGGUGGAGGAGGAGGAGGAAACGCUGGAGGUCCGGUGGACUUGCGUACGGAUCCUCGCCUGAGUGCUCUGAGCGUGAUGGACCCGGCACUGAGGGAACAGCAGCUCCAACACGAACUUCUCCUCCUCAAGCAGCAGCAGGAGCUUCAGAAGCAGCUUCUGUUCGCCGAGUUCCAGAAACAACACGAGGUGCUCACACGGCAGCACGAGGUCCAGCUGCAGGAGCACCUCAAGCAGCAGCAGGAGUUGUUGGCAGCGAAGCGUCAGCAGGAGUUGGAGCAGAAGAGGAAGCUGGAGCAGCAGAGGCACGAGGAAAUGGAGAAACAGAGGCUGGAGCAGCAGCUCAUCAUGCUGAGGAACAAGGAGAAGGGCAAAGAGAGUGCCAUCGCCAGCACCGAGGUCAAACUGAAGCUCCAGGAGUUCCUGCUGAGCAAAAAGGAACCCUCCUCUGGCGGGCUCAACCAUUCCUUCCCUCAGAAGUGCUGGGGUGCUCACCACACAUCCAUAGACCAGAGCUCCCCUCCGCAGAGCAACACCCCCGGCACACCCCCUUCUUACAAACUGCCUCCCCUUCUGGGAUCCUACGAGGGCAAAGACGACUUCCCGCUUCGCAAGACAGCAUCGGAGCCCAAUCUGAAGGUUCGUUCGCGGUUAAAACAGAAGGUUGCUGAGAGGAGGAGCAGUCCUUUACUCCGCCGUAAAGACGGCACCGUCAUCAGUACCUUCAAGAAGAGAGCCAUCGAGAUCUCGGUCUCCUCCAUGUGCAGCAGCGCCCCCGGCUCAGGCCCCAGCUCCCCCAACAGCUCCAACAGCGCCAUCGCCGAGAACGGUUCCAGCGGCUCCGUCCCGAAUAUCCACGCCGAGCAGUUGCGUUCCCUGCACCAGUCUCUGAACGCAGACGGAGCGGUGAGCCCGCUGAGUCUGUACACGUCUCCGUCUCUACCCAACAUCUCUCUGGGUCUGCCGGCUAACGCACACAUCACCGCUCCUCAGAAGCUCGGGGUUCAGCCGGAGGCGGAGCGGCAGGUGCAGGGGGUGCGUCAGGGCGGCGUGUUGGGGAAGUUCGGCAGCGGCUCGUCCGUGUCCGUGUGUCUGGACUCGGAGCCUCCGUCGGCCCCCAACAGCCACAGCAGCCACAACUCCCUACUGCAGCACGUCCUCCUGCUGGAGCAGGCCCGGCAACAGAGCGCGCUGCUCGCAGUGCCCAUGUACGGCCAGUCGCCGUUGGUUACGGGUGAACGGGUGUCGAGCAGCAUGCGGACGGUCAGUAAACUGCCGCGGCACCGUCCUCUGGCCCGCACGCAGUCGGCUCCGUUACCGCAGACCCCCCAGGCGCUGCAGCACCUCGUCAUCCAGCAGCAGCACCAACACUUCCUGGAGAAACAGAAACACUACCAGCUCAACAAGAUCCUCUCCAAAGGGGCGGAGCUUCCAAGACCACCCCCGACCCACCCCGAAGAGACGGAGGAGGAGCUUACCGAGACGGCGGAGAUGACGGAGGAGUGGGGGGAGGGGCCUGAGCGUGUGAGGGAGGGGCUAAGCAAAGAAAGCUCGGGCGAGACGACGCCCCCUUCCGAGCGGGCGGUCCCGCUGAAAGGCGAGAGCACGGAGAGCGACCUUGAGGAAGAGGAGGACGAAGAUGAAGCCAUCGAGCUGAAGGAGUGUGAUGAAGAGGGCGACCCCUACAGGCAGUUCUCGGAGCAGCAGCACCUGCAGCAGCUGAACGUGUUCCAGGCGUCUCUGUCCAUCACGGGAAUGCCGCACAGGCCUCUGGGAAGAGCGCAGUCGUCCCCCAUCACCUCCAGUCUUAAAGCCACGCCCAUGGGAGAAUUACCCAUCAAGCACCUCUUCACUACAGGUCUGGUGUACGACACGCUCAUGCUGAAGCACCAGUGCAUGUGCGGGAACACACACAUCCACCCGGAGCACGCCGGACGCAUCCAGAGCGUGUGGUCCAGGCUGCAGGAGACGGGACUGCUGGGCCGAUGUGAGAGGAUCCGGGGCAGGAAGGCGACCCUGGAUGAGAUCCAGACGGUGCACUCGGAGUAUCACACACUGCUGUACGGCACCAGCCCCCUCAACCGCCAGAAACUCGACAGCAAGAAGCUCUUAGGUCCCAUCAGUCAGAAAAUGUACGCCGUGCUGCCGUGUGGAGGGAUUGGGGUGGACAGUGAUACGGUGUGGAAUGAGAUGCACUCUUCCGGAGCCGUGCGCAUGGCCGUGGGCUGCGUCAUCGAGCUCGCCUUUAAAGUAGCGGCUGGAGAACUGAAGAACGGGUUCGCUGUCGUCCGUCCCCCGGGUCACCACGCGGAGGAGUCCACGGCCAUGGGUUUCUGCUUUUUCAACUCGGUGGCUGUUACCGCCAAACUGCUGCAGCAGAAACUGGGCGUGGCCAAAAUCCUCAUCGUAGACUGGGACAUUCACCAUGGUAACGGGACCCAGCAGGCUUUUUACAACGACCCCAACGUGUUGUACAUCUCCCUGCAUCGCUAUGACGACGGGAACUUCUUUCCUGGAAGCGGGGCUCCUGAAGAGGUGGGAGUGGGUCCUGGUGUGGGUUUUAAUGUGAACAUAGCGUGGACGGGUGGAGUUGAUCCUCCUAUGGGUGAUGUGGAGUAUCUCACAGCUUUCAGGACAGUUGUGAUGCCCAUCGCUAACGAGUUCUCCCCUGACGUGGUGCUGGUGUCGGCUGGCUUCGACGCCGUUGAGGGACACCAAUCUCCACUCGGAGGCUACAACGUCACCGCCAAAUGUUUUGGUCACCUGACAAAGCAGUUGAUGAAGUUGGCAGGGGGGCGCGUGGUCCUGGUGCUAGAGGGGGGUCACGACCUCACCGCCAUCUGCGACGCCUCUGAGUCCUGCGUGGCCGCGCUGCUCGGAGACGAGCUGGACCCACUGCCUCAGUCUGUGCUUCAGCAGAAACCGUGUCCGAAAGCAUCAGCGUCCCUCGAGAGAAUCAUCGAGAUCCAGAGUAAACACUGGUCCUCAGUACAGAGAUUAGCGCCCACGGUGUCUCAGUCUCUGCAGGACGCUCAGCGGCGGGAGAAGGACGAAGCGGACACGGUGACGGCCAUGGCGUCUCUCACCGUGGACACGGAGCACACGGCGUCCUCCUCACAGAGCAGCAGCAGGGCUGCCGAGGAGCCGAUGGAGGAGGAGCCCGUGCUGUAGGAGGGGAACACGUCCAGCACGACGCUGUGGCGUCCACACCUGCACGGCAGCGACGCUCCUUUCCUUCCACGCAGCUCUUUGAUCGGUUCCUUCACUCGUUCUCCAGGUGCUCGAUGGACGCACGCAGAACUCCGCUCCACUCCCACACGAGGAGGAGGAAGAAGAGGAGGAGGAAGAGGACCGGGUGGGCCGCCGAACACGUCCGGCAGCAGGACCCACUUUUUUCGUUUUUCUUUUUUUUUUAAACUCUUCGAUUUUCCGCUCCUUUCGUGGAACGUGCGCAAAGAGACGACGCUGGGAUGUUGUCAUGGCAAAGGAGCAUAAAGUGGAAAAAAAAACCCCACAAAAACCUACAUUUCCCGUACGAAAUGCAAAAAGAUUUCAGCGCAGACGCUCAGAUGUGAAGGAGCUCAGAGGUUUUUAACCGCGCUGAAGCUGACGAUCUUUACGUACAAUUACAAAAGCACACAGACGUGUAUGAAUAUUACACAUGUACCGGUGUAUAUAUGUGUGUGUGUGUGUGUGUGUGUGUGUGUGUGUGUGUGUGUUUUGUAUUUGUCCGUUUGUGGAGGUGGAACCCGUGACCUUUUUUGGCGCUCGAGGAGGAUGACGUUUCUUUUUUCUUUUUUUUACUUCUUUUUUUUUUGAGGAGUCACAUAAGUCACAUACACACUGAUUCACGCACAAACACACAAGAAGAAAGCACACUGAGUGAUUGAUUCACUGAAUCACUGACUCACUCAAUCACUGAAAGACUGUCUCAAUGAAUCACUAACUUACUGAAUGAAUCAUUAAAUCACUAACCCACUGACUGAAUCACUGACUCUCUGACUGAAUCACUGAUUCACUAACCCACUGACUGAAACACUAAAUCACUAACCCACUGACUGAAUCACUAAAUCACUGACUGAUUCACUGAAUCACUGACUGAUUCACUGAAUCACUAACUCACGGACUGAAUCACUGACUGAAACACUAAAUCACUAACCCACUGACUGAAUCACUAACUCACUGACUGAAUCACUGACUCAUUGACUGACUCACUAAUUCACUAACCUGCUGACUGAAUCACAGUGACUCACUAACUGACUCACAGAAUCACUGAGUGAUUCACUUUGUACUGAAUCACUAACUCUCCCACUGAUUCACUGACUCACUGAAUGACUGAUUGACUCACUGAAUCACUCUGACUCAUUGAUUCACUGAAUCACUGACCGACUCUCAGACCGAAUUAAAACACAUGGAUGGUUUUGGUUUUUGUUUCACAAGUGAACGUGGGCCGACUCGGUGCCUUUUAUACUACAAUUAAUGUUUGAAACACACACACACACACACACACACACACACACACACCAACCAACUACUGCAUCAGACAUCCAUAGUAACACACCUCUCACGUUGACUUUGUUCAGAAUUUCCUCUCUGCCUUAAUCUCGUCAGGCGAAAGCGCCGAUUUCAGCCAUUUUGUUUUCGGAGCGCUCAGCCCGGACUCCUCCACUCGUUUCCUCUCCUCCUGUCAGAUCAGGGGUCAAAGGUCAGACCUUAAGCCUUGCUACGUUGCGUCGCCCCCGGUGUGGUGCGCGAUCCCAUCGUGACGCUUCUCUGAUUCUUUGAUGACGACGACGACGACGAUGAUGACGAUGACCAACUCGUGUUGCUUUAGUGUUUUCCGGUCACUUUUCGUCCCUUGUACAUAAAACACGCUCGACUCUUUUCUCUCUUCAGGAAACUUCGGUUUCUCGUUUGUUUUGUUUGUUUGUUUUAUUUUUCUUCUGAAGUUUAAGUGUCUGUGGUCACUUUUAUAUGGAGAUGUUUCUCUUUUUUAUAUGAAAAUCUCUCACACACACACACACACACACACACACAGAAACAGCUAUCAGUGUUAAUCUGCUCAGUCGAUUUAAAAUAUUAUGUACGGAUAAAAGUGUGUAAAGUGCUGCGUGCGGAUACACAGUUGGUUUUUAUAUCUAUAUACAAACAUACAUAUAUAUACACACACACACACACACACACAUGAUGAUGUGUAUGUGUCAUGUCGUGUCACUGCGCGAUGAAUGUGGCAUCAGGGUUUUAAGGGCAGGUGUGAUUUUGUUUGUUUGUUUGUUUGUUCCUUAAACACACAACGCAACAGUUACAGACUUUUUCAAAAAAAAAAAGAAAAAAGUUUUUAUUCUUAAAAACGCAGGCAAUAAGGUCAAACACCACUGAGACACUACGACACACCCGUUCUAAUCACAGAGCUUUAUUUCUGCUAUUAUUUUUGCACCAGAUGAAUUUUAUUUUCGUAACGGUUUCUUGUUUUAUAAGUGUUUCUGAGUGAAGCGUGUGUGAUUAUCGACUUGUUUGUUUGUUUGUUUUUGUUGUAUUUUAAAAAAAAAAAAAAAAAUUCUUUUUUUUUUUUACAGAAGCGUCACGUUUGGGCUGACUUCAGUCCCGUGCGUUUGUUAAGAUCCAGUCCGUUACGACAUGUUUUUUUUUUUUUUCAGUAGAAACUUCUGCCGGUAAUCUUCCAUGUGGGCGGGGCUUAAACUGGCGCAUUUAUUUAUAACGCUAAUAAUUGGAAUAAGUUUAUAACGGGAAACACGAGUUUCGGUUUAGAUCUCGUAACGGUUCUUCGUCGUCCCUUUACGGCGUGUUAGAAAGGGUUCCACGUGACGCGUUUCUUUUUUUAGGAACCCUUAACUACACAAGGGACCUUUUUUUUUUUUUUUUUUUUUUUUUCUUUUUUUUUUUUUUUAAGAACCCUUUUAGUUUCUUUUCUAAGAGUGUACACAACACGACGCCCAUCUGAAGUUUGGGGACAACUUUGCAUUUCUUUCAAAUGUUUUCGACCGAGUUCUUUCCAACAACCCGAAGAUUUCCAGAACAGAGACAGCACUGUGCACUAACCUGAGCAUUAAAGCACAUAUGUUUAAAAACAACAACAACAACAAUAAUAAUAAUAAUAAUAAUAAUAAUAAUAAUAAUGACGAAUGCUACUUAAUUAAAUGAAGCGUUCACGAUGCCUACUCCGUCUCCUCUUUUGCUUUAUUCAUGUAUUUGACGUAUUAACCUGCCUCUAACUGUGGAGUGUGCUGAGAUUCUGAGAGUCACAUUCAAACCAAAUGGUGGACGCUACUUUCUACAUUAGUCUUUUUCCCCCCCGAUAUCUGCGCUAGUGUAGGAGUUCAGCGGUAUUUAAAAAAUAAAAAAAGGUCAUUUCUCUCAGGCCAUCUACCUCCCGCUAGUUCCUCCCCAGCAUGGAGUGACUCUGACUCAGUGGAACAACACAAGGCAUGAAAUCAGACAUGAGAUGAUGCUGGAAGCUUUACUGAAUAUGGAUUCGUAAGCGUGACGGUAAUAACGCGGAGAAACCCAAAACGCCACAAGAUUUAUCAUGUCUAAUAAUGUCUGAUCACACGUACGCUAUCUAAGACAAAAAGCAGACGAGUUGCGCUUCAAACCAGCCGAACGGCUCUAGAAGGAGUCGGUGUAUAGAUUUGAGACAAAGACCAGCUUCAGAAACCACUGUGUGUGUGUGUGUGUGUGUGUGUGUGUGUGUACUGUAAUAGAUAGGAAUCUAAACCUCAGGCUUCCACAUCACAUGAUCCGAUACGAUUUUAUUCUUAAAAGCGACGAUUCGAUUCAAUGUUGUGAUUCGUUUACGAUUCGAUUCGGUUUCGUCCGAAUCCGGCGUAGGGCCUACCGUUAAUCGGUGUAUUAAAAGCGUCAGUAAAGUAUAUGAUAUUUAACAUGAUGUAUUUUUACACACCAGUUGCCUGUCCUGUCCUUUUUAUUUCGAUAACAAUCCGUUUGUAUUCAAUUCUAAUCGAUUCGUGAGUCAUGAUUGCUGCAUCGGUUCAUUUCAAUCGUUGCCUUUUAAAAUGCUGAUGCAUCGAUCCAAACUGCUAAAUCGUUACUCCCCGAGUGUCCUGUACUGUAUAUAGUACUCUGUAUGGCCAAAAGUAUGUGAACACCUGAUCAUCACACCCAUAUAGAGUGCUCUUCCGCAAAGGAAUUAUGACUUCCCUUCACUGGAACUAAGAGGAACAAACACUGCUCCAGCAUGAGCACAGCGCGAGCUCCACGAAGACACGGCGUGUGAAGGUUGGAAGAAGGUAGAAGAUCUCGAGUGUCCUGCACAGAGCCCUGACCUCAACACCUUUGGGAUGAACUGGAGCCGGACAUUCCUCACAUCAACCUCACUAACGCCCUCGUAUCUGAACGAACACAAAUCCCCACGGCCACGCCCUAAAAUCGAGAGGAACGCCUUCCCGGAAGAAAGCCUGGCGCACGUUAUAACAGCAAAAGAGAGGAAUACAUCUAGAAUGGGACGUUCAGCACGCACAUAUGGGUGUGAGGGUCAGAGGUGCACAAACUUUUUAGCGAUGUAGAGUAUAUACGUAUCAACAUUUUUUUGGUUAAACUUCAAUAAACGCUCAGUAAGAAACAGGUCGACGUGAACCCAGAAAAUCCAGAACUGUCGAUCUGAGUCACUCUUGUAGCACGUGAGUCAAAUGAAAGCCUUAGUAUUAUUAUUAUUAUUAUUAUUAUUAUUAUUAUAUAUUAUAUAUUAUUAUUGUAUCGGGUUUAAGGUGACAGUAGAAGCGGUGAUGGAGAACAGUGGACCAGCAGUACACCACACCACACCACACCACACCACACACGACUCAGCUGUCUAAUAUCCACCGUCUAAUUCGUCUUAGUCUAAUAUCUCACGUUUACACGUCGCCUUUAAAUACGCGUUACGGACUGAGAGCGGGCGAUGGAAACAAAAAAAAAGGUCUUUAAAGACAAAGAUUUAGACAUUGGAUUGAACAACUGAUUCAUUUUUGUUUCCUUAUUUAAUAACUAAGAAAACGUUUUUUGUUUUUUUUAUAAUAAUAAAACAACCUAGAGGCAAAAAGGGUCGCGCUCAGCACGAUGCUCCCACCACCAUGCUUCACUGUGAGGUCUGUAUAUUUUCAGGAUCGAGCUCAGGAUGGAACAUUUCAUGGUUUUUUUGUUUGUUUGUUUUUGUAAAAAAAAAUCUCAACCUGGUUAAUUAUUAACAAAGCAUAUUUGUUGAAAGGCUGGUUGUCCCCUGUUGAUGGGUUGUACAGUAUAUAUAUAUAUAUAUAUAAAUAUAUAUAUAAAAUGUUAAUAAAUCUUUUUACAUCUUUUGGGGGCGGGGAAAGAAAACGUGAUGAGUUGAUUCCAGCAUUUGCCUUCAGUCUGGUGUGGAUCGUCUUGUAUGAGAUAAUUUUCUUGUCUUAAAAAAAACACACACACACACACAUACAAAAAAAAAAAAAAAAGAAAAAAAGAGAACUUUGCGACUUCCCUCUUUCUUGACUCUCUCCGCUUUAUUUAUUUGGAGUCAGAAAUGAAGGGUCGUCGGUUGUUUUGUGUUUUUUGGAAAUUGAGACGUUCGGUUUGAAACGUCGGUUGUAAAUCUGAACUAUUCGACAGCGCGUGUAAACAAAUCAAAGCUGGACACUUCAUUUCACUUCGGUUGAAAACUUUGUUUAUUUGUUUAUUUGUUUUGUUUUUUUACUCCUCAGUGGUUAGUGGUCGUGGUUUUCAUUUUGUACUUCGUGUUUU